CCGCCCCGUAGAAAUCGACGCGGCCCUAGGGCCGCUCGCUUCCUGUUUGUCCGACGAGGCGACAUGGCGGCGGCGCCGGCGGUGGCUGGGGCUGGGGCCAGCCGGGGGAGACGGUCGGCAGCAACAGUGGCGGCGUGGGGUGGAUGGGGAGGCCGGCCGCGACCCGGGAACAUUCUGCUGCAGCUGCGGCAGGGCCAGCUGACCGGCCGGGGCCUGGUCCGGGCGGUGCAGUUCACUGAGACUUUUUUGACUGAGAGGGAUAAACAGUCCAAAUGGAGUGGAAUUCCUCAGUUGCUCCUUAAGCUGUAUGCCACCAGCCACCUCCACAGUGACUUCGUCGAGUGCCAAAACAUCCUCAAGGAAAUUUCUCCUCUUCUCUCCAUGGAGGCUAUGGCAUUUGUCACUGAAGAUAGGAAACUUACUCAAGAAACCACUUAUCCAAAUACAUAUAUUUUUGACUUAUUUGGAGGUGUUGAUCUUCUUGUAGAAAUUCUUAUGAGGCCCACAAUUUCUAUCCGGGGACAGAAAUUAAAAAUAAGUGAUGAAAUGUCCAAGGACUGUUUGAGCAUCCUGUAUAAUACCUGUGUCUGUACUGAAGGAGUUACAAAGCGUUUGGCAGAAAAGAAUGAUUUUGUGAUCUUCCUGUUUACAUUGAUGACAAGUAAGAAGACAUUUUUACAAACAGCAACCCUCAUUGAAGAUAUUUUGGGUGUUAAAAAGUACUGUCUAGCUUCCAUAAAGACAUUGCCACCUUGCAACAAAUCUAAAGUGUCGGCCCUUCUCAGCAUUCCUGGCUUUGUGGAGCGGCUUUGCAAACUGGCGACCCGAAAAGUAUCAGAGUCAACAGGCACAGCCAGCUUCCUUCAGGAGUUGGAGGAGUGGUACACAUGGCUAGACAAUGCUUUGGUGCUAGAUGCUCUGAUGCGAGUAGCCAGUGAGGAGUCAGAGCACAAUCAAGGAGCUGCUGAGGAGAAUGGGCUGCCUCACACUUCAGCCAGGACCCAGCUGCCCCAGUCGAUGAAGAUCAUGCACGAGAUCAUGUACAAACUGGAAGUGCUCUAUGUCCUCUGUGUGCUGCUGAUGGGGCGUCAGCGAAACCAGGUCCACAGGAUGAUUGCUGAGUUCAAGCUGAUCCCUGGACUCAAUAAUUUGUUUGACAAGCUGAUUUGGAGGAAACACUCAGCAUCAGCCCUUGUUCUUCAUGGUCACAACCAGAACUGUGACUGUAGCCCAGACAUCACCUUGAAGAUCCAGUUUUUGAGGCUUCUCCAGAGUUUCAGUGACCAUCACGAAAACAAGUACCUGCUCCUCAACAACCAGGAGCUGAAUGAACUCAGUGCCAUCUCGCUCAAGGCCAACAUCCCUGAGGUGGAAGCCGUCCUCAAUACUGACAGGAGUUUGGUGUGUGAUGGGAAAAGGGGCUUAUUAACUCGGCUGCUGCAGGUCAUGAAGAAGGAGCCAGCAGAGUCAUCUUUCAGGUUUUGGCAAGCCCGGGCUGUGGAGAGUUUCCUCCGAGGGACCACCUCCUAUGCAGACCAGAUGUUCCUGCUGAAGCGAGGCCUUCUAGAGCACAUCCUAUACUGCAUCGUGGACAGCGAGUGCAAAUCAAGGGAUGUGCUCCAAAGCUACUUCGACCUCCUGGGGGAGCUGAUGAAGUUCAAUGUUGAUGCGUUCAAAAGGUUCAAUAAAUACAUCAAUACUGAUGCCAAGUUCCAGGUGUUCCUGAAGCAGAUUAACAGUUCGCUGGUGGACUCCAACAUGCUGGUACGCUGUGUCACCCUGUCAUUGGACCGAUUUGAAAACCAGGUGGACAUGAAAGUGGCGGAAGUUCUAUCCGAGUGCCGCCUGCUCGCCUACAUAUCCCAGGUGCCCACGCAGAUGUCCUUCCUCUUCCGUCUCAUCAACAUUAUCCAUGUGCAGACACUGACUCAGGAGAAUGUCAGCUGCCUCAACACCAGCCUGGUGAUCCUCAUGCUGGCCCGAAGGAAAGAGCGGCUGCCCUUGUACCUGAGGCUCCUGCAGCGGAUGGAGCAUAGCAAGAAGUAUCCCGGCUUCCUGCUCAACAACUUCCACAACCUGCUGCGCUUCUGGCAGCAGCAUUACCUCCACAAGGAUAAGGACAGCACCUGCCUGGAGAACAGCUCCUGCAUCAGCUUCUCAUACUGGAAGGAGACAGUAUCCAUCCUGUUGAACCCAGACCGCCAGUCGCCUUCUGCCCUGGUCAGCUACAUUGAGGAGCCCUACAUGGACAUAGACAGAGACUUCACUGAGGAGUGACCUUGGGCCAGGCCUCGGGAGGCUGCUGGGCCAGGGCCAGCAUGGGUGAGCGUGGGUACCUGUACCACACGCCCUGCCUAUUUCCAUCCCUCCCCGGCCUCCCUGAUGAUAAUCUGCCUGCCCAGGUCUUCAGGUACAGGCUUAGUGGGAGGAGCAUCCUGGAGCUCUCGACCCCUGAGUCUGAGGGCCCAGGUCACUGGGAAGCCUCAGUUCCCUGACGAUUCCCCUAAUGAGGACAGGGGCACCAUGCCCACCCUUCCCUCAAAAUUGUGAGGCCCCGGCCUGCUCAGAGGAAGAGGACUUAGGAAAAUAGCUCUGAGUUCCUGCCCUGUCUCCUGAUUAUCGGUCCCAGGUUGGGAAGGGAGAUGUACCUCCUUCCUUCCGGCCAUGAGCUGAGUUUCCCUGGCCUCUGAGCACCCAUAGAGGCUCCUGAGCCCCAGGCAAGGGUUGGGGUACCGGAGAAUGCUGCCUUCCCCUAGGCCUGCCCAUCUUUUCUCCCUCCCUCCCUGCCUCAUCUUCCUUUAGCUCCUCUGGUUCUGUUUGCUCAUUGGCCACUGUGUUCAUCCCAGGAGGUUCCUUCAGAAGUAUGGGAGGGAGCUUUAGCUCUCCAUCCCUUGAGGCACAGAGUGCCUGAGCUGCCCUGCCCAGGGCAGCGUCUCCUGCCUGAGCCUAGACACAGGAGCCUAGCUGGGAGCUCACCUGUGGCCCCUCCUGUGUUGCCAAUUUAUUAACAGCAAAUAAACCAAUUAAAUGGAGACUAUUAAAGAACUUUAUUUUAAA